AUGAUGUUUGGUAUGGCGUGCGAUCCUUUGAAGCAUACAAGCAUGUAUGAGCGUAUGAACGAGGAUAGCGAGGACAGCGAUGGCGAGGGCGGACUUGGAAAUGUGUCACGCGUUAUCAUACGUCCACCAGGUCAGAGCGGUAAGGCUAAACGUGGACAUCUUUGCUUUGAUGCUGCUUUUGAGACGGGUAAUCUGGGUAAAGCUGAUCUUAUUGGCGACUUUGAGUAUGAUCUAUUUUUACGUCCGGACACUUGUAAUCCUCGCUUUCGGUUUUGGUUCAAUUUCACUGUGGACAAUGUAAAACAAGAUCAGCGUGUACUCUUCAAUAUAGUUAACAUUAGCAAGCCACGUAAUUUAUUUAAUUCCUCUCUGGUGCCGUUAGUAAAGUCGUCGAGCCGUCCCAAAUGGCAACGAUUACCGAAGAAGAAUGUUUUUUACUAUCGUUCGUUGCUGCAUCAAAAUCAUUAUGUGCUUAGCUUUGCUUUCUCCUUCGACAAAGAAGAGGAUGUGUAUCAAUUUGCAGUAGCGCCACCUUAUAGUUAUUCACGGCUACAAGCCUAUUUAAAUGUGAUCGAUGCGCGACAAACGGAGCAACGGUUCGUGCGUAGUGUGCUGACAAAGAGUCUGCAAAACCGUAAUGUCGAUCUGCUCACCAUCGAUCACGUCACCGCCAAAGCAAAGGCAUCACGCCUGGAUCGCGGUUUUAUUCGCGUCAUCGUUAUAUUAUGUCGUGUACAUUCCGGUGAUACACCGGCCUCCUUCAUGUGCCAAGGAUUUAUAGAAUUUUUAAUCGGCAAUCAUGCGAUUGCAACGACACUACGCGAUAAUUUCGUCUUCAAAAUUUUGCCGAUGGUUAAUCCAGAUGGUGUAUUUUUGGGUAAUAAUCGCUGCAAUUUAAUUGGGCAGGAUUUGAAUCGUACAUGGCAUGUAGCCACGGAGUACUCUCAUCCUACAUUGUAUGCCAUAAGGAAUAUGCUAAAGGAACUGGAUAACUCUGAUGUAUGCGCGAAAGCCUUUGUAAUGUUUAAUUCAUAUCACUAACGUUAUGUCCAAUUGCAGAUUUAUCAAAUUGACUUUGUUAUCGACUUGCACGCGAACAACAGUCUGCAUGGCUGCUUUAUCUAUGGCAACACAUACGAGGAUGUCUACCGGCAUGAACGUCAUCUUGUAUUUCCGCGGCUCUUUGCCACCAAUGCGCAUGAUUAUGUUGCCGAAAAUACCAUGUUCAAUGCGGACGAGAAGAAAGCUGGUUGUGCGCGUCGUUAUUUUUGUGAACGUCUCAGCGAUACGGUAAAUGCUUACACGGUGGAGAUCUCCAUGGGCGGCUACUAUUUAAAGGAUGGCAAAACUGUGACGCUCUACACAGAAGAUGACUAUUACCGCUGCGGCCGCAAUUUGGCGCGCACUUUCCUCCACUAUUAUCGCUUCAUCAAUGUGCUACCAACGCCUGUUGUGUCUGAGGUGCGGUUGCGGCGGCGCAAUCGCCCACGCACUCAUCACUCACGUUCACGUUCCCGCACACGUUACGAAGUGAAGCCGCGUCCGAAGACAACGCGCUGUUAUGCGCCCAUUGCGUAUACGAAUCUCUCGAUACAUUACGACUCCGGUGGCUCAUCCGAUGAGGGUGGGUUUUCGCCCACGCGCCCCAUAGCGCCAAGUAGCAGUCUCUUCAGUGGCUAUCGGAACUAUCGACGUACGCAUGGCAGUUCGGCCGUCACACACGAUCAAUAUGCGCUGCUGGCGCUCAAGUCAACGAGAUACGAUCACUUGGGAGAUUUUGGCGGCGGCGGUGGUCGGGCCCAUGCGUAUCAGCAUAGCCGAGCGGCUACGGCUGAAAAGUCAAGCAAAGCAGUUACAUUCGAACAACCAUUAAACGUGCCACCCAAACCAUAUUUAUCGAUUAUUGAUCUUAACCAGCUGACGCGCGGUAGCUUGAAUCGAAAGACGGUCAGCUUCGAUGCGGAUCAUCGAUGAUUGACGGUACGGAGAGGGAGUAAAU